CAGUCGAGCACUUAGCGAUAUCACACCCUUUAGACCUACGGCUUUGUUCAACAAGCCUUUCAUAUUACUUCCAUCCGAUUCGAACACCUUGUCGAUAUUACAUCCUUCAGACAGCGACCAGAUGGGUCCUACAAGUGCCAUGGACUCGUUGCCCAACGAGAUUCUAAACGACAUCCUCGACCUGCUUCCAACUCGCGCUCUUCUUCCGCUUGUUCGUGUAAACAGCCAUUUCUACUCGGUCGCUUUGCACAUUCUCCACCAGCGCCUUUUGCAGGCCGCUGCCCUUCCAGAACAUCGCCUCAUCCUUGAAUGCUACCACCCAAGCGCGAAGCUCUCGACCCCAUACCUAUACUGCGAUUAUCUCCGCACAGAUAAGAUCGGUGCUGGUCCCAAUGGCGACGAGGAAGCCAACGGGCCCGAACCCGAGCCAACGCUUGCCGGACUAAAGGGCCUAUACUCGCACUUCAGACCCGUCGUUCAGGAGGAGAAUCGCCGACCGAGGCUACGCUAUCCAAGACGGCAACAGCAGCAAAUCAACAACGGAGAGCCAUCCACAGAUGCCGCCGACCACCGACCGUCCGAGGAGGUCUUCCUCGACGAAGGCGAGCUGUUCUCCCAGCUCUGCUGCACAACUAACCUCGUCAAGGUUGGACCGAAGCCCGGCUUUUUCCUCAGUAACGUCAAUGUAAGCGACGGCAUUAUGCGUGUCUGGCGCAGUUGGUUAUCCGAUCAGACCAAAUCCACGCUCUCAUCAGUAGCGUCGUCGGCGUCCUCAUCAACCACAGACCUUCACGCCAAUGCGAAUAGAAGCGCGCAGCGAGAAGCAACACGAGAAAAAGCAACCGAAUCUCCCGAGGAGAGACUCGCCAGGCUAGCGGAAGCCAAAGCAGCCAGGACCGUUCUCUGGGCUGACCCCGAGCGGAACGUGGGCGUCCGCUUCCGUGUUACGAAGAAGGCGACCGACGAUUACAUCAACAACCGCCACUACCGGCGCGAGCAGCCGCUGCUUGUGCCAGCCGACGAAGCGUUCGAUGAAGAAGAACAACCGGUUGCCUAUCAGCUCGAGUUCGACGAGGUGCUGGUUAGGUCGAGCAGGUUGCUCUUCACGAUGCAGAAGAGCGAAGAAGUUAGCGAAGGUGCGGGAGGGAACCAUGAAGCUGUCUUCAUGGACCCAACCGGCCCAGUUUCAAUUCCAGUCCAGAUGAUCUUCUGGCCUUCGAUGCUCAUUGGCGGUGACUCGAAUACUUUCCAUUGGAACCACAUGAGCGCCCUGGAGAUGACCGGUCGGGCAUGAUCGGCUUCUUGCUCCCAAUAGGGUGAACAUGGAAGACGAUUGCCAACUGCAGUGGCUUAUUUCGGUCUCUACUCACUCGACUCUGAACUUUUUCGUCAAAAGACGCCAUCCCCACUUCUUUCACUUUGUUUCCGACACGAAGCUUGAGGUUCUCCCAACGGAACGGAACUAGACCACUCGAAUACCGAUAGACAAGAUGAGCUACACGGGAUAGAUGGGAUAGAAAGUGACAUGGGAUAAGACAGACAGGAUAAUUAGGGGCUCUACAAGGCACCGAGAGAUACAGAUGCGAUUAUGCCUAUUACAGUUAUGGGUUUCGAGGAGUUUUAUGGAGUUUCGAAAAGGAUAGUUUGGAGAUUUUUGUUUCUUUCUAGAUGUUUUCCUUAGUGUCUGGCAUCGCAGCCAGUUAGUGAAUUCAAUUGAGAUCAUCUUUCUCUCACACUCCUCGAAGCCGCUUGAAAUCUCAUGAGUUCAGACACAAAAGGGAUGGAAAGGGUUUUUGACUCUCAAUCUUCAACACUAUGUUGCGUA